AUGGCAUUGAUUUCAGAGCCACUGGACUGGCCGAGUGGACCGCUUACCGACAAGGAAGCCAGCCUGCUGAGUCAGGCUUAUGGACUGGGUGAGUGGCAUAGCAUCAAAGCUGCUGUGACGGCUUGCCUAGCAGUGGCAGUACUUGGAGGAGUUGCAUGGAUGUGGACACGUGGUGCGAAGCUGCGUGGGCCAAAUCACGAGGAUGGAGAAGACUUGCGCUUGAUGGAGGAGGGCUUACGUCGUCAGUACACACCGGAGCAAAGGUUGUCUUCAGGCCAAACUCCAGCGGCAAACGUGACGUGGUUUCUUGAUGGGAAUGUGGCGCUUCACAUUGGCGAGGUGCUAGGCUCUGGCGCCUCCGCGACUGUCUGCAAGGCCAAACUCUCUUCCACUGGGGAGGUCGUUGCAGUGAAGGAGGUGCGGGCUGCAGACACCGAAAAGUGCGAGCAGCUCUUGCAGGACAUUCGUGCUCUUACUUCUGUGCCUUGCCAUCCCAAUCUGCUUGGAUUCAAGGCCGCGCUCUUCUGCAAAGACUCGGGCAAGCUGGCCUUGGUGCUGGAGUUCAUGGAUUUGGGUCAAUUGGCAGGAAGAAUCCCUCUCAAGACGCUCGCCAUCUACUCACGUCAAAUCCUGUCUGGCUUGGAUUUCCUCCACUCCUUAAGAAUCCUGCACCGGGACAUUAAGCCCCCAAACCUGCUCCACAACAGCCAGGGACAGGUCAAGAUUGCCGAUUUUGGCAUCGCCAAGUGGUUGCAGCAGCAAGAGGAUUAUGCCGACACCAUGGUGGGAACCAAACUUUACAUGGCUCCCGAGCGAUUCUUUGGGAAUUACAGCUUCGCUGCUGACGUAUGGGCAAUGGGUGUGUCCAUUCAUGAACUUGCGCAGGGCGUCAACGCGUUUGCCAGUUGCAAGUCGGACAACGAAUUUUGGUCUGCGGUAGAACAUGGCUCUGUCCCCCCGGUCUCCAUGGCCCCUGAGCUUAACAACUUUGUUUCCCGCUGCUUGGCUCAAGAGCCAGAAGCACGAGCUACUGCUGACGAGCUGCUGCAGCAUGCGUUCGUCUCAGGCGUCGCAAGCUGUGUUUGUUGA